CAUGCUAAUAUAUAAUAUUAACUUAUACUUGAGAAAAUUCUUAUUUUGAAUGAGCAUGUUAAAAUUUAUGAAUGCGUCUUUAAGGUCGACCGCUGGAUGAAUGGACUUCAUUUGAGGACGGGUUUCCUUACAUUUAUCUAACAUUCACAUGAAACAGCCCAGCAUCCAUACAUGUAUUAAGUUACCUAGUAACAUGCUUCCAAUAAACAUUUUUCUGGUCUUUUUCACAUUAUAAUUGACAUUUCGGUUGUUCAGCUGUUAUCAGUGAACCCAUUACAGUAUGUGAUACCGCCUACAAGUUGAGUACGUGGGUUAUUAAUAAGGAAAUUAAACUUUGUCUUGUGUAAACGUAAUAAUAUACCUUUGUCAGUAGGUUAUUCACAUGUGCUCAUUCUGCGUUUAUAUUUGCCAAUUCAGUUCCGUUACCAGGUGAUGGUUGACGGCGUCUAGCCUAUGUACGCUCACAAUAUUUUAGGAUAUUAACUUAUAUUUAUCCCGUGUUCAACAUCUAUUCAUAUCUAAAGGUAGAAAAUAAAUAGCCGUUUAUUCUGUAGCUAAGUUUUAACGUCGGUUAAAACCGAAUAGACUUGGUUUUCUGUGAUAAGUUCUCGAUACUUGCUUAGCUAAACGAAUAAUACAUGUGGUGUUCAUUUACAGAACCCAUUACGUGCUUCUGUAACCUUUUCCCACUACAACACAGGAUGAACAUGGGGGGGGGGCAAUAAACUACUAAACUGAACAAAAGCAUCAAAGUUGUUAAACGAUUUGGCUGGUUGUAUUCCAGGAAAAAUUAAGAUUAAAAUUCUGAAAUUCCAUAUAUAUGCUAGUGGCUUAACAAGAAUGUAAGAAAUCUAGUGUAUAUAAAUAAAAUAAAGGCUGCAGGUGUGUGGGUGUAGCGGAUGAAGUGUCGCCGGCGACCAGAACACACCUGCGAGCAGUCAGUGGUGAACCCCGGGCGGACCUGGAGAUGGUCUGCUGCACACUUCCUCUCCUUACCUCCUGUGUGUGGCGUUUGGACAGUGCUACAGCAAGGCGUAUGCGUAGAGCCCAAGUGUUUGUGGCUAAAACGCAUUUUAUGGUGUGAUUUUAUUGUUUAAGAAGCGAUAACGGAAAACACGUGUGGCUUGACAAAAGAUAGUUCUGUACCGUGUGGUUUAGGUGGCGAUACAAUGUUAAUUAUUAUUGUGUACAUUACAUACACAUGAAAGAGUAAACUAUGAGGACGAACUUAUCAAUAUCCUCUUUCCACCUUUCAUAGUGAGGGCGCACUCGCCCGGAGACGGUCAAUUGCUUACUACCAAAUAGACCGUAGCAAAGCCGCAGUGUAAUUAAUGGUGAGCGUUGAACUUGCCGUGAUGGUGUUGAGCGCCUUGGUGGGCGUGGUGAGCGCCGGCCACGCCUCCUGGACACACCUACACCACCUGCACCAGGCAGAGCUACAUGCUCUCCAACAAAUACGGACCCUUCUACAUACCUUUAAUGAACUGAACGAAGUAUUACAAAGGUACGUGGACUCGUGGGAAGCAAUAGGUGGAGACGCGGGGACGCCACCUGGCGAUCCUGCAGCUGCUUACUCCCUCCUGCGUCACGUGGCAGGCGGCUGGACUCAGGUUAACGGCGCAUUACAUAAACUUAAAGGAGUUUUCAGCGAUAUUGAGGUGCUGGCGUCGAGGGCGGACUGGGAGCUACUGCCCAGUGGGGAGGACGUGGCGGCGGCGUCAGAGGCCCUGGUGAGGCUUGUCCACGUGUACGACCUCAACAUGACCAUGCUGGCCUCGGCUGGUCACUUCCACCCACACCAGAGGGAGAUCAACACCGCACCACCUCCCUACUACCCACUGGCAGUGAGCGACCUAGCGUCCAUCGGCCUGGUGGCUGUCAACAAAGGUUACCUCAACAUUGGUGUGGAAUUCCUGCGAGCAGCUAGAGCCAGGUCGACCAUCCACGCCCACGCGGACGGGGGGUCCUUGGAGACGCAGUUCUCUACCCAAAGGCUUGACAGCUUGCUCAACACGGCCGUCAGAGUGCAUGACCACGUCCUGGAGAUGAGGGGACCUCGCUCGCUGACCCACAUAACGGCUCGGACGUCUUACGGACUCUCGCAAGGGAGGGUUCACCACCUGGAGGAGGAGAACGCCAAAGAGGACGUAGUGGUGGGCGUACAGUAUCUGAAACUACAUGGGAACAAGACUUGGAUGGUGCAGGAACGCCCCUUGGUGGAGCGGCGGCAGGUAGAAAUGUUGUGUCGAGGCGUCGAACUCAGGACGAGUGUGAUCAAAUGUGAGCUGCACUGCCGGUACAUGAGCAACAGCAGCCCCUGGCUCCUCCUGGCACCCUUUAAGGUGGAACAACUCUCCCUCGACCCCUACAUCACGCUCAUCUACGAGGUCCUGAGCCCGCGGGAGGCAGCAGAAGUCAAGGAGAGGGCGAGCAGCCAGUUGCACACCUCAUACACCGCCAGGAAGGGCAGCGGUCACGAUGCUCCUAGUAGCGAGUGGUCGCUCAAACAUGCGUGGCUGGAAGAAAGAGAGGUGACGUCACUCCAGAGACUGGGACGUCGUUUAAGCCAGCUGGUGGGAGUCACCUUGCAUGACUCUCUCUCUGAACCCUACAGGGUGGCAGACUCCGGCCUGGGAGAGAGCUACGAGGCGCGUCGGGACACCCAUGGCCCUGCCAGGAGUCCUCCCAACCCAGCAGUAGGGGAGAGGAUGGCCACUGUCCUCACUUACCUGGAAGCUCCAGCUGCAGGUGGGCGCACGGUAUUCCCAUGGGCGGGCGUGGGCGUGGAGGCGGUGGAGAGGGCGGCAGUGCUGUGGUGGAACCUGUUAGCCUCCCACGAGCAUGACUUCCUCACCCGCCAUGCUGCUUGUCCCGUCCUCUAUGGCCGCGCCUCGAGUUUAACUAAGUGGGUGGGUUACACUGGCCAGUGGCAAACCCUGCCAUGUGCUUCUCAUCCUGCCAGGAAGGUCAUGCUCCCUUGGCGCUAGCAGCUACCUCUCUCUCUGCACCCCAGCAGGCGGCGACCCGGGUCCUCUAGCUCGCUCAUCAAUCUUCUUGUAAUUCGUAUUCGUACCGCCAUUAAAAUAACGACAUGGUUCCUUGAAAAUAGCUGUUUAGACUCCUAAAGUUAGGAAUUAUUUCCUGUUAAGGUCUUCGUUAUACCUGAUACAACUUUUAAAACGGGAUUAUAUUCUAGUAAUGAAGGGCAUAAUAUUAAGCAGGCUAAGAGCUGCUGUCGAAGUGCAUUGAUGGUCAAAGGUUUGAACAGUUAGCGUUGGUUAUGAUGGAAUGAGACCAACGGUCCACGUGGGAUGAUGAUAAUGAAGAAACUAAUAGCUGAUGAUUUUCUAGCUAGAAAUUGUGGACUUGUUGAUAUAAAGGGAACUUGUCAUGAUAGAAGACGAGAAAUUUAAGUCGUUCUGGAGCGCACACAUGUUUGGAAAUUAUAAUUCAAAAUUGGGGAGAGAUAAUGGAAUAAUUGUUUGAAUAUAGCGUUAAUGAUAACUAAAACACAUAGGAACAACGGGCUUAUAAUGAACAGAAGUUAAGCCAUAUAUAUAAAACCACUAGUACGUAAGAAAGCAAGGGAAGGUAGCCUAAAAUGUUUCGGUAAGAGUGACGGCGUAGAGAAACUAAAAUGUUCGAAGAAAUGUAGAGUAGGCUAUUAUUGAAGUGGCUGAUGUAGUCUUAGUGCAGCAGGCCUUACGAUUUAGAGAAGAAUUUUCAAAUUUUGUGGUAGAAUAUUGUAUAUCAAAUGUUUUGUUUUGAGUAGAAAAGAAAGUUGCUUUAUCUGCUAUGUACGCCUUUGGUUGUAGAGCUCUGUGCUGUAACUCUCAAUAUUUUGACUACCGACAGCACUGACUUCUGACCUUGACCUCCCACCAUUCUCGGCAUGAUUAGUGACUAGAAUCACCAGGAACCUCGAUGGUUGAAUAGGUGGCAUAGGUUCAUGCGUUUUAGUACUCCUUAUUUUGUAUGUUGUGGCCGCUCAAUAGAACGCGCUGCGAUUUUUAAUCACAUAUGUAAACGUUGAUUUCUUUUGCAGCUGCGCUUAUUUUAAACACGCUUGUAAUAUUGUAACUUACUAUAAUCUUGUAUUAGUUGCAUAUAGACCUCACUUACAUAUUUCACAGGUUGACCAGUGGCCAUGCUCCUAGCUGCCACGUUUCCCAGAGUGAAUUUACAUGCAAAUACCUCUACGACUGUCAGACAUCAUGGAUACCAUUUGCUAUCUCUUAUCCUGAGUAAUGAUGUUUAUUUUUCAGCAUGUGAUCUCAUUUUAUACAGAAGGCUAAAGGUGGAUUAUAAUGAUUAUACUGAUUAUAUCCCACUGAUUAUAAUUAUUGUUU